UCCCCUUCCCGAAGCUUCGCCAAUCUCCCCUCCUCUCUCUCUCUCUCUCUCCUCCCCGCGGUCGCCGACGACCUCGCCACCGACCCCGCCGCCGGACGCGAGGAAGAGACGGGGGGAGCCCCGGAGGCAGGAGCGGCGGGAGGGGAUGGCGAUGCAGACGGGGUUCGCCACCUCCAAGGUCCUCAUCCUCGUCGGCGCAGGGUUGACGAGCUCGAUCGUGCUGCGGAAUGGCCGGCUAUCUGACGUGUUGGCGGAGCUUCAGGAGCUUAUGAAAGGUGUAAACCAAGGAGAAGGUUCGAGUGCCUAUGACAUCGCCCUUCUUCAAUCUCAGAUUCGAAAUUUAGCACAAGAAGUUAGAGAUUUGACUAUAUCAAGGCCUAUUACCAUAUUGAGUGGCAACUCCGACUCUGGAGGCAGUUUAUCCUCCUACAUACUGCCUGCAGCUGCAGUUGGAGCAAUGGGUUACUGCUAUAUGUGGUGGAAGGGAUUGUCCUUAUCGGAUGUCAUGUUUGUUACCAAACGCAACAUGACCAAAGCUGUUGAGAGUAUGUCGAAGCAAUUGGAUCAAGUGUCUUCAGCUUUAGCUGCAACAAAAAGGCAUCUAAGUCAGCGCCUGGAAAAUUUAGAUGGGAAAAUGGAUGAGCAAGUGGAGGUCUCCAAAAUUAUUAGAAACGAGGUGAAUGAUGUCAAAGAUGAUCUGUCUCAAAUUGGAUUUGAUAUUGCAGCAAUCCAACAGAUGGUUGCUGGAUUGGAAGGGAAGAUCGAGUUGCUUGAUAAUAAACAGGAUGCAACUAAUGCUGGUGUAUGGUACCUCUGCCAAAUAGCUGGAGGUCUAAAAGAUGGAAUAAAUGCCAAGUUUUUUCAGGAAGCUAAUGAAAAACUCAAGCUCACAGAGUUGGCUCAGUCUGAAAGAAAGGCAGUGAAGGGGCUUGAAUCUGUUCUGGAGAGCAGAAAGGAACAAAAGGCAAUCGACUCCAAACAAAAUACCACCGCGAUAAUUGACGCCGAAAAGCCCGUGAAAACGGUCGAUGGGCCUGUGAAAAGCGGCGCGGUGCACAGGUGUAGCAGAAUCUCAUUUCGGAAGGAAGGCCUCGCUUUGUGAUCAAAGCAAAGCGAUCGUAACCAGCCCGCUCUCGCGAUGUACAUUGUCUGCCUGAUUGUUUUGUUCGAUUAAAAAAAAUAUAAAAUAAAACCUGUACCUGGAGUUAUUUUGAGUAGGCAGGUUGAUGCACUAUUCUGAUUCAAAAGUGUAUGUGGUUCAAUCCACGUACGCUCUUUUUCUUGGAUUUUGAUUCAUGUGAUCUCAUUUAUUUUUAUUUGGUGUGAAUGUUUGUACACAGUUGGUUCGAAACAUUCCUUGUGCCAUUGUGAGAGUUCCCUUCGGCCUGCA